AUGGUGACAACGUUCAAGAUCGCCGUGCUGGGAGCCCAAGGCGUGGGGAAGAGUGCCAUCGUCCGCCAGUUCCUCUACAACGAGUUCAGCGAGGUCUGCGUGCCCACCACGGCCCGCCGCGUCUACCUGCCCGCCGUGGUCAUGAACGGCCACGUCCACGACCUGCAGAUCAUGGACUUCCCCCCCAUCACAGCCUUCCCGGUCAACACCCUGCAGGAGUGGGCAGACGUGUGUUGCAGGGGGCUCCGGAGCGUCCAUGCCUACAUCCUGGUCUAUGACAUCUGUUGCUUUGACAGCUUCGAGUACAUCAAAACCAUCCGACAGCAGAUCCUGGAGACGAGGGUCAUCGGAACGUCUGAGACGCCCAUCAUCAUUGUGGGCAACAAGCGAGACCUGCAGAAGGGCCGGGUGAUCCCCCGCUGGAACGUCUCCAACCUGGUGAAGAAGACGUGGAAGUGCGGCUACAUCGAGUGCUCGGCCAAGUACAACUGGCACAUCCUGCUGCUCUUCAGCGAGCUCCUCAAGAGCGUGGGCUGCGCCCGCUGCAAGCACGUGCACACCACGAUCCGCUUCCAGGGCGCCCUGCGCAGGAACCGAUGCACCAUCAUGUGAGAGCUCCCGGGCCCCCGCCGGCCCCGCAGAGCUCGGAGGCAGAGCACGGGCCGCUGCUGGGGUGACACGUGGGGACGGGACACCUAGGGACAUGGCCGUGGUGCUGUAGGCAGCAAGGAGCGAGGAUGGACCUCGGCUAAACCUGCAGAGCCCAAGGCCUCCCGCUGCCUCCCUGUGCUCGGGGCCAGCGCUGUGGAGAGGUGGGUUGUAUCUCGGCGGCUUCCACGGGGUGGCCUCCAGGUCAUCCCCAUGGGCUGGCCUUGGGCUGCUCCUCGGGAGAUGCUCAUGGAGAGGGAUGGCCCUUGGGCUCUCCUGUAGACCUCAGAUUCCUACCCUGACAUUCACCACCGUGUCCCUGCUCCUCGCCAGCCUGGCCUGGUCUCUUGGCCGGUCA